CCACUGACCUUCGAGGAGCUCUGACUCGGAGCUCCGGUGCGCGCGCGCGCGAUCCAAGUGGUCCCCACGCGGAGCGCGGAGAAGCGCAGGGUCUCGCAGGUCCACGCAGUGCGGUCGCAGCUCGGUCGCAGCUCCGCGUCCCUGUGCUCCGGCCACCUCCGCGCGCAGACAUGAGGAUGAGCUUCGGCACGGCCGUGGUGGUCGCCGGCUUCGCGGGGGUCCUCAGCUUCGCGCUGCUGGCCGCCGCCAUCGGGAGCGAGUACUGGUACAUCAUCGAGGUGCGGACGCCCAACGAGAGCGACUCGGAGGAGCUCAGCUCGCACUCGGGGCUCUGGAGGAUAUACGAAGGGAAGAAUUCCAGCUCCCACAUCAUCUACUCCUUCAGCAUAGACACGACCAAGUACUCCGAACCAGAGAGGCAUCUGCUCAGUCUGCACAAGGUGAUCGUCAUCUUGCUGCCCCUCAGCCUGGUGCUGCUGGUGUUCGGUGGGAUUUUCGGCCUUGUCAGCUCGCUGGCCAGGAGCCACGGCCUGCUCGCAGGCACCGCCGUCUACCUCCUCGUCUGCAGCCUCCUGACGCUUUCCGGCGUGAGCAUCUACAUCAGCUACUCCCAGCUGGCCCUGGCCGAGCUCCGGCGCGUUCUAGGAGCGGAGCACCUCGCCCACGUCCACGUGUCCUUCGGCUGGUCGCUGGGCGUCGCCUGGCUCUCCUUCGGCCUCGAGGUUCUCGCCGGGCUCCUGCUGCUGCUGGCCGCCAGGAUAGCCUUCUUGCAGCAUCGGCACGAGUCCGGCGCACGCGGGGCCUAGGGCCCGAGGCCCCUCCCGCGGCCUGGUAGCCAAUCGGGGGGAGGCCCCGCCCACCUAAGACCCGCACUUCUGGCGAACGCACGCGCGCGCACGCACACACAGACACACGCAGACAGAGGUCUCGGAUUGAACGCGUUACGGUUGCGCAUCGGACACGUUGAAGAUGUCGCGAUACGGUCCGUGAAUCAACCGACCAUGUGAGCAACUGAACAGCAUGCCCCUCGACACACACCGCCGCAGCUCUUCCUCACAGCGGAAAGAGAACAUGAAUACAGUGUGUAUCGCUGCAUCUCGCUGAUGAAUAAAUGUGUGCCCCUACUUCACCGACAGGCCUCUGUCCUUCAGUGUUAUUUCACCAGUCCCAGCAGGUUUGGUUCUUCUGUCUUGUAUUAUCAUCUGCCUGGAGAUCCAAACCUUGUGGUUCCAUCUGUGCUUUCAGAACAAUUGUUCCUCAUUAAUAAGGUAAAAUAAUAAAAAAUUUUAUCGGCUUUCAGUAGUUAUGCACCCUGUUGCCUAAACUUGUCAUUUUCUGUUUCUCACAAAAGUACUGAAUUUAGUGCUAAUAAUCUUUUUUUUUUUUUUUUACAAUAA